GUGGAGGAAGAAGUGGAGACAUCGGAAGAGUUUGACUCGGCUCUAGACGACAGCGACGACGAACAGUCGGAAGAGAAGGACCGGUUUGUGGCCCAACUGUACAAAUACAUGGACGAGAGGGGAACGCCCAUCAAUCGGGCGCCUUCGGUGGGCGGCCGCGACCUAAACCUAUACAAACUGUACCGAAUUGUGGUCAAAAUGGGCGGUUAUAAUCGGGUGACCAAUAAGAACUCGUGGCGAGCCGUGUACGGCAAGUUGGGUCUGCCCGGCGGCCACUCGGCGCCCGGCAAAGAGUCGUCCGCCGUGUAUCAGCUGAAGGCCGCCUACAAGAAGUUCCUGCACUCGUUUGACGACUUUUACCGCAAACUCGGCUGCACUAUAACUGUCAAUAGCCGUACGUCGAGGCCCUCCCGGGGCGAGCGGUCCCGCGGCGGCGGACCCGUUGAGGACAAACCCGCGCCGCAGUCGACACCUGUUGCGGUGUCGUCGACGUCGUCGUCAUCGGCCAAGAAGUCCAGUAAAAGGGAGCCCAAGAAAGAGGACAACACUAAAGAGGAUCGCGACUCCAAAGAGAAGGAUAGCGUAGCCGCCGGUGCGUUGGAUUCGUUGUCGGUGUCCAACACAACGCCCUCUAAGACAAAGGACAGGCAAUCCGAAAGAGAGCGCGAGAGGGAGUCGGCCCGCGAGGAGGCCAGGGAUGACGCGAAGGCGGCUAAAGAGUCUGCGGCAGCGGUUAAAGAGGAGGUGCGGGUGAAGGCGGAAGAGCCGUCGACGCCGUCCGAAGAGCGCAAACGAGGCAGAGGUCGCAAACGGAAGGGCGACGACAAAGAGGACGAACCGCAGACACCGGCGGCGGCGACGCCAACACCGGCAGUGGUCGCUAAGGCCGAGCCCGCGCAGGUCGCAGAUGAGGACACGAUGACUGGUCAGUCGACACUAGACGAGUCCGACGAAGAGGACACUAAGAGUCUGUCUAAAGGGGGCAAAUCGGUGGACGAGUCCAACAUCAAAGUGGGCGACGGCCUGAAAGUGAAGUACGGCCGCGGCAGGCAGUUGAAAGUGUACGAGGCCAAAGUGUUGAAGGUAGAGGUGGACGCCAGCACCGGGCGGAACAAGUACUUCGUGCACUAUUCGGGCUGGAAUUCCCGGUACGACGAGUGGAUCAAAAAGUCGCGCAUCGUUAACGUACUGCGCGACCGGUCGCCGUCCCGGCGGCGCACCGCCACCGGCGGCAGUAGUAAAGCGGUCACCAAAAAGGGUAGGGAACAAAAGGAGACGACACCCUCUACACCGGCCACCACCGCCGCCACCGGUUCUCAGAGCUCCAGCCAAUCAUCUUCGGCCGGCAAUACGACACCAGCGACGACCACUCCUACAACCGGCAAGAGUGCGGUAGAGUCGGUGCCACCACUUGUCGGGCCACCAGUGCUCACAUCGCAGAGCUCCGUGUCGUCCACUCACUCUAACGACUCGGCUCUGGACGGGUCGGUGGCGUCCAGUACCGCGACGGCGGCCGUCAGUAGUCAGUCGCCCGGCAAACAGUCACAGACAACGCCCGCCCCGAAGAGGGGUCGACCGCCCAAUAGUGGCAAAUCCGCCGCUAAAGUUGAGGUCACUGUCAAAGAGGAGCCCAAAUCUCAGUCCGAUAAGCAUUUGCAACAAUCGCCGCAAUCAUCGGCAGCCACAGCGCCGACCGCUCAGACACCCACCCCUUCCACACCGGUGGGAAGACGCGGUCGACCGCCGCUGUCCGUCAAGAAGGAGAAGUUCACCCGAAGUAAGUCCGUGAAUGAGGACCAGUCGACCAACGACUCGAUGGCCACCAGUGUGUCCAACGCCGAAGACGUUGCGCCAACAGUAGCGCCAACUGUGGCUAAAACAACGGGCGACGAGUCCAAGAAGAGUGCGAAACAGCAACUGUUGGCCACAGCGGGCGGCGACGAGUCGAACAAGAGUGAGGCUAAAGCGGUUCCCGAAGUGACGGCAGCGAAGAGCACGCGUGGCGUACAGCCGCCCGACCUUCACGACGACAACACUGUCGAAAGCAAACUAAUGGACGAAACGGAGGGCACGACCGACGAGUCGUCCGCCGCCGACCAUCACCGCCACCACCAGCAGCAGCAACACAAAAGAGGUCACCCAUUGGAUGAAAGGCUCGGCGCUGUCAUCAAAACGGAACCGUUAGGUGACGAGUGUUUGCCGAAAGCGACGCCUAAAGGACACGCCGUUGAGUCGACGGCCGUCCGCUCGGCCGAAACGGUUGACACAAAACCCGAACCCAAGAGCGGUUCCGGUACUGACGACUUCUCGUCGCCAGUGAAGGACGCGUUCGACUUUGACGACGACGAGGAAGAGUUGGCCAAAGAAGAGGAACCGCUGAAAGAGCAGCUGAAGAAGAAACGCAAGUCUAAGGAUAGCGGCAGCCGUUCCGCCGCGAAGAGCUCAUCCCAUGUCAGCGAACGCAGUGGCGAUCGUUCGGCAAAAGAGUCGGCCACCGGAGACGAGACAACAGACACGGGUCGCGAAGGCAGCGCUCGAUCCGGCGGUUCUUUGGCGCGAAAGUCGUCCAAAAAGACUCGCAAAUUGGCGUCAGAGUCGUCGUCGUCCACAGCGGCGACCGACAAGUCGUCUCCGGACGAGUCAACCGCCGAAGACGUGAAGCCUAUGAAAGCCGUCGCUGCGGCUGUCAUUGUGUCUACACCUGAAUUGGUGGCCACAGUAGAGGACAAACGCGCCAAACAAUCGGCUAAAAGCGUAUCGACACCGACGACAAGACCAGAGCCGGACGUUCAGCACUCGUCGCCCGUCUCAUCCAAAUCGGAGCCUAAGAAACGAAAGGGUCGUAAGCGUAAGGACGAGGAGGAGGUGUCGCCGCCGCCAUCGGUGGUCGCCACUCCUGUGUCGGCCGCGGCUGUUGUGGCGCCACCGCUGAAGAAACGCCAGAUAAACAAACCGUCAAAACUGGAUCUGUCGCACGAAGAGGACAGCAAUCUGGAGGUGCAGAAGCUGUUUGAACAGUCGGUGCCGGCGUACGGCUCUGGCGGUGUGGGUGUCGGCCAUCAUCAUCAGCACAGCCACCAACCGGUUGGCCAGUUGUCGACCUCGUCGUCAACGCCGCCGCAGCGGCACGAGUCGGCCGACGUGUCGCCGAUUGACGACAUGAAAGUGUUGCCCAACUUUACCAAAGACAUACACCCGACGACAGCGACAACCGCCACCGCUAUUAACGCCGGUGUUAUCAUCGGUGCCGCCACUGCUGCCGGUGCUCAACACCAGCCGCCGGCGGAUCCGUUAGCGGCGGCCGCCACCGAUUUUCUACUCUGCGAAGAGGCCGUACCGGCCAGUCCCGAGAAGUGCCCGCAUCCGGACGAUCACCCGCUGGUGAUGGACACCGAUUCCCAGUCAUCGCCGGCGCAACACUCGUCGCCCUAUCACUCGACGCCUACGCAAUCGCCCGAAGCGGUGACCGGCAAAGACGGCAGCCAUAAGUUGGGCAGCGGUUCCAACAGCGAGAUGGAGAACGAGACACCGAUGAUGGGCGGCAUAUCUAGUGGCAAAGAUGAUGACCACCGCCACAACAAUAGUAAGGCCAACGUAUCGAUGCCUUCACCGGCGCACGACGAGGACAGUAUGGUCUCGCGGCCCGACUGUAAUAAGUCGCCCGUUUCGCCGAAGAAGCGCCGCAGAGGUCGCGUCCGCACCACCAGUCAGUCGGAGAGCAGUCACACCAAAGAGCGGAUCGGAUGCAAGACUCGCGGCUCAACCGGUCGACACCGGGCGGACCGACACUCGCCACUCACGGCCCUCGAGCACCGGUUGCCGUUCUCGAUGUCGCAGAUCUCGUUCAACGACUUUGUGCCCGAAUGCAAGUACAACUUCUGCGCCCCUCUGGACCAGUCGGCCGACCCGGACCGGCGCAUAUGCAUACUCCAGGAGCGGCUCCAGGAGUUGCGCAAAACGUACGUCAAUAUUAAGAACGAGGUGUCAAUACUGGACAGGAAGAAGAAGAAGGCCAGAAGGAAGGAGAGGGAGCGCAAGGAGGCUAACGGCCGGCACAGCGCGGGUGUAGGCGCCGGUCAUAUGGGCGCCGACCAUCAUAUGGGUCGUGGCAUGGGUUCCGGCGCUGAUCUGACUAACACUACCUGCGCUAUAACGGCGGCGACGGCUACGUUGAGGGCCACCGGCGCUGCGGCCCAUCACUCGUCGGCACAUCUGAGCGCAGCGGCCGCUGUGGCGGCGUUGGCCACCUGUUCCGGUGCGGGCGCUGGCGGUCCGUACGUGUCGUGA